UUAUGCCGUAGCCGUAAAGAAUGAAUAUUUCUCAUAACUCUGUGGAUCCAAUAUUAUUUAAUUCCGUAUUUUUAUUUUCAUAGUAAUUAUUAUAAUUUAAUGAAGUAUUUUUACCUAUUUAUAUUUGUAUUCUUAUAAUGAAGUGUUUUACUAGUUGCUUUUACAAAAAAUACACUUAUACACUAUCUAGAAGAUAUGUUUCGACAUCAAAAAACGUAGAGCCCUUGAGUGAAAUAGUGGCUUAUCAAAAUAACUUGUUUGACAAUGAACAAAAAAAGCAAAAAGAAGCAGUUGGACGUAUUGAAAAAAUGAUUAUUAAAUAUCAUGGCGUGCCUGAAAAUGUCACAUUGUCCAUGAACAAAGGGAUCUCAACUCCUUAUGAUUGUGCCAAACAUAUAUCGGAAAUGUUGGUCAAAAGAACUGGAUUAGCUUUAGUAGAUAAUACACAUUUAUGGGAUAUGCAUAGACCACUUGAAUCAGAUUGUGAAAUUACUUUUAUGCACGCACAGCAUCUUCCAGAUCCUUAUCAUUUCAACAGAGCAUAUUGGCGCAGCUGUUCACUUAUUCUAGGAGCUGUCAUUUCUAAAGCGUUUAAAAAUGAUAUUCAACCAACAUUACAUAGUUUCCCUUCACCUAAUGUGAAAAGUGGAAGCUUUGUUUAUGAUGUAGAGUUAUCAAAUUUACCAGAAUGGACUCCAACAGAAAAUGAACUUAGAAUUUUAUCAGCUAAUAUGGUUAAAUUAGCACAGACAUCUUAUCGAUUUGAUCGUCUAGCUGUUUCUGAAGAAUUAGCUUUAGACAUAUUUCAGGAUAAUAAAUUUAAAAAAGAACAGGUUCCAAAUAUUGCCCAGCAGUCUAUCGAUAAAAAGGUAAUUUUAUACAGAAUUGGUGAUCAUAUUGAUAUAAGCAAAGGACCUAUGAUUGGCAAUACAGAUUUAUUAGGGCGCUGCACAAUAACUGCUGUACAUCGUCUAGAUACUAAAUAUGGUCAUUUAUAUAGAUUUCAAGGUGUUUCCUUACCUAAAGGCAUUAUGCUAAAUCAUUUUGCUUAUUCCUUGUUGGAACAAAGAGCAAAAAAAUUAAAUGCAGCCAGGUUACCUGAUCAAGUUAAUAAUGAUAUGUUUGUUCCACGUUUUUCUUCAGAAGACUCAAUUGCUUAAUUAAAAAUAAAUAAAUAGUUAUAUUUUAUUUA